AUGACGGCGCAAAUGACGGGUGGAUACCAUGGGGGCUACGAAGAUGAAGUACAUGCGCUGACAUGCUAUACUAUGCGUGCCAGGUUCGAGAAAUCCCUCUACGACCUCAUCAGAGGCCUGCGAAACCACAAGGGCAACGAACGCGAGUACAUACAGAACAGCUUGAAAGAAUGCCGCGCAGAGGUUCGCGGACAAGAUAUGGACGUCAAGGCGACAGCGCUGCUGAAGCUGGUGUACCUGGAGAUGGUUGGGCAUGACAUGUCAUGGGCGUCGUUCCACGUACUUGAGGUCAUGUCGUCGCAAAAGUACCACCAGAAGAGGGUGGGAUACCUGGCCGCCGUGCAGAGCUUCCGACCCGAUACCGAAGUGCUCAUGCUGGCGACGAAUUUAUUGAAGAAGGACCUCUCAUCGACGCAAGCGACCACCAUCUCCCUACCAAUGUCCACGCUGCCGCACAUCAUCACCCCGUCCCUCGCCCUCUCGACCCUCUCCGACCUCCUGCCCCGUCUCGGCCACUCGAACCCAGCCAUUCGCAAGAAGACCAUCGUGACGUUGUACCGCCUGGCCCUGGUGUACCCCGAGACGCUGAGGGCGGCAUGGCCCAAGAUCAAGGAGCGCUUGAUGGACAAGGACGAGGACCCGAGCGUCACGGCAGCCAUCGUUAACGUGGUCUGCGAGCUCGGAUGGAGGAGACCGCACGACUUUCUGCCGUUGGCGCCCAGGUUGUUUGAGCUGCUUGUGGACGGAGGUAACAACUGGAUGGCCAUCAAGCUGAUCAAGCUGUUUGCGACUUUGACGCCGUUAGAGCCGCGUCUCGUGCGCAAGUUACUGCCACCCCUGACCGAGCUGAUCCGAACAACGCCUGCCAUGUCGUUAUUGUACGAAUGCAUCAAUGGCAUCAUCCAGGGCGGUAUUCUGGGUAGCGCGGACGACAUCUCGGGCAGAGAGGAGAUUGCGACUCUUUGCGUGAAUAAGCUCAGAGGCAUGAUCAUGGUGGACGGCGACCCGAACUUGAAAUACGUCGCAUUGCUUGCCUUCAACAAGAUUGUCGUGACGCAUCCCUUCCUUGUAGCGCAACAAGAGGACGUCAUCCUGGAGUGUAUCGACAGCCCUGAUAUUACCAUUCGCAUCAAGGCAUUGGAUCUUGGUAUGGUCAGCAGUGACAACCUGGUGUCCAUUGUGGGCCGUCUGAUGAAGCAGCUCAAGUCAUCUACGCCUAAGAGGGACAGACCGGGAGCGCCUCUGGGGCCGGACACUGGGAUGGACUCGGACGAGGAGGCGGAGAUCGAGAUUCACUCGCCAUCGAAAGAGCAAGAAGAGCCUCCGCUACCCGACGACUACAGAAGCGACGUGAUUGGGAGGAUCCUGACAAUGUGCUCGCAGAACAACUACAGCAGCCUAGUAGACUUUGAUUGGUACAUCGAUGUCCUCAUCCAGCUCGUUCGCAUGGCGCCCAUACCAAGGUCGGUUGAGACGGAACUCGACUCAGUUGCCGCCUCCGGCAAGUCGACCGCAGGAGACGUGUCCGGAAGGAUCGGAGACGAGUUAAGGAACGUUGCUGUCAAAGUACACGCGCUACGAGGCGCGGCCGUCCGAGCUGCCGACCUCAUCAUCCAGCAAAUGAACACCGAUACUCCUACAGGUCAUGCACUCUCAUCGGCGUCGCUUAAAUCGACGUCUUGGCUGGUGGGGGAAUACGCUACCCAACUGGCAUUCCCGGAAGAUACGCUGGGUAACCUAUUGAGAAUACUGUCUCGAACACAAAUACCGGAUAUUCUUACCACCAGUCUGCAGGGGGUCACGAAGAUCUUCGCCUACAUAGCGGGCAAUGAAGACCAGCCAUGGACCCCGGAAUGGAAGACAAAGAUCACGUUGCUUCUGGCACGCAUCAUCCAUACCCUCGAGCCGCUUGCUCUUCACCCCAACCUCGAGGUCCAGGAGAGAUCUGUAGAGUUCAUCGAGCUUCUGAAGCUCACUGCCGAGGCGGCCUCGGGCCAAGCAUCGUCGUCUGACGAAACGCAUCAGGAUCCCCCGCUGCUGCUCACCCAGGCCAUUCCAUCACUGUUCCAAGGAUGGGAACUCAACUCUGUCGCUCUGGGGGCACAGCGAAACGUGCCCAUGCCUGAAGGCCUGGACUUGGACGAGCCCAUCCACCCGAACCUGGCUCAUCUUCUUGCUCGGGCGGACAUCAUUCCAAUGGAGGCCACCGAGGGGGACGAUUUUGAGGUCUACUACCAUCAACGUCCGGCGCCUACAAGCAUAUCCUCGGCCGAACCGGCGAUCAACAGGAUUGCCGAUGCCCCGGCAGAAGAGGUUGUCAGCUCCUACCAGCAGGCAACCGAAGACAGCUACCUCGAUGCCGACAUCGUGGCGAGGAGGAAAGCCGAGCGGAAUGAACGGAACCGAGACGACCCAUUCUACAUCGGUGCUCCCGUCCCUGCGCCCAGGACUUCGACACCGAUCCACAACAUCCUCCAGAAGGAGAAUGGCCCGGAUCUUGACAUAGACUCCAUACCGAUAAUGCAGUUGGAUCUCGACAAGUUGGGCAGCUCGGCGCCCGGACCCGCCUCUCCCAUCCACCGGCCACAGCCGCGGCCGAAGCAAAGGGUCGUCAUCGCCGCGGACGAGACACUCGUCGGCAGCGGGGUCUCGACGCCGCGCAACUACGAGUCGGAGAACAACUCGGACAGUUUCACCAAGUCGCGCGCCAAGAAGCUGCGUCAGGGGCUCCUGCAGGUGGACUCGUCGACGCUCGGGUCCCUCAGCCUCGAGGACGACGCGGGCUCGUCCAACGCGCCCUUCGACUACGAGCGGCAGCAGCGCGAGGAGGCGGAGAUGGCGCGGGCGAUGAAGGAGGUAGAACGGUUGCGGCUCGAGAUGCAGCGUGCCAACGAGCGAAUCCAAGUCGCCCAGGGCGUCGACGUCGCGGGCACGGUGGUCAAGAAAAAGACCAAGAAGAGCAAGGACAAGGACGGCGCGGAGGCGGUCAAGACGAAGAAGAAGAAAAAGAAGGCGGCCCCGGCCGAGGUCGCCCCUCCUGCCGUUCUCAUGACGGAAGAGGCCGAGAACAGCGACGGCGCGGAGGACAGAGCGCUGAUACCGCCCCCCGAGAGUGCCAUCGAGGGCCAGGGCGGCGGCGUCGAGAACGCGGGUCCGGCCGUGGUGGUGCCCAAAAAGAAGAAGAAAAAGAAGACGACAAAGAUGGCUGAGAUCGCGGGAGAUAGCGGCUAG